AUGGAAAUGGAAGAGCCGAUAAGUUGUUUGACUUCUCCAGAGCAAAGAUUGAUCGAAGAGCGGUAAGUCCUAACCCUUGAUCCUUGAUUUUCCCCCUAUUCUUAUCUUCACUUCAGAUUCUACAUCAACGGAGUGUUCGGCACAGUCAUCGCAGUGUUUGGAGUGAUUGCCAACGGCUUCCUUGCAACUCUUUUUUUAACCCGAACAAUAUAUCGGUGAGUGCUCUUUCUCCUGCUCUCUUGCGAUAGUCGUGGGGCACCUGCCCGGGGCCACUGGUCAUCCGCCUCGCUUCAAUUUUGCUGAUUGGAAGGGAAAGGUCGGAGAGGAGGAAAACGAAAACGUUUGCAAAAGAGCCGGGUUCACGGGCGUUAGUCUCAGUGACAAAUAGACUGAUACUAUGAACUGACGGCCAGGGACUAAGAAUGAUUUGCAACUAGGAACAUGAUAAAAGUGUGUGGAAGAGAUAUGAGAAGAAAGAAAGAGCGGGGGUAUCUUUGAAGGCACGUGAAUCAUAAAGUUACAACGGGGCGAGGUGUGAGAUUGACAUUCCGCUGUGACGUUUCCGAAGGGGCUGGGAUUACGGUAGUCCCGCUGAUCUUCUUCUGAAGGAUCCAUUCCUGUUGAUGGUUUCAAGAGUUCAAUUGCGACCGCAAAUAGACAUGAUUAUUCCCACGGUCUAUUCUGAUUCUAUUCCAUCUAGAUGACGUCGACUUCCUUCUCUUAUUUAUGCACCGUUUUCAGGAACUCUCCGUUCUUCUUCCUCGGAUUCGUCGCUCUUUUCGACACCCUCGUCGACGCCACCUUCCUCCUUCUGCUCGUAAGUUGAUGUUCGGUCCUUCUCUAAUUUCCGUAUGCGGGCUCCCCUUCCCCCAUUUCUGGUCCCCUAGAGCACAAAAAGACGAUUAGUGGGUGAGAAAAAUGAUCAAAAGAUGUCUUGAGGGAUGGAUUUAAAACGCAUUGAAGCCCGGAUCGGCGUCGUUAGCGAGCGGGGAGGGAGAAACAAAAGGAAGAAGUGGUUGGCUGGUCACGAAAUGGGCGGCUUCCGUUUGCGACAUCUGCCGCUGGACGGGGACCUUCCGGACGCAGAUUGAGUCUUCGAUCCGGAAGGAAAAGGGACGUUCCUGUAUCCUUUCGCACCUUUGAUCCAGCCAGAAAAGUGUAUCUCCGUGGACGGCUCCACGCCACAGACAAAGUGUUUCCGAAUGCCAAUCAGUCGGAGAGUUUCCCCUUCCGCAGAAGUCUCCCUCCCCAAUUUCUGUGUCCUUUUUUGGUGAUGGCGUGUCAAGCAGCGGCGGCGGCGUCCAUCAUUUCGUUCGGGAUCAUCGCUAAUCCCGCGUGCACCACCACCGACAGCCAGUCUCUGAUUCGGGACCCGAAAAAAUGAAACACGUGCUUCUGAAAGGGGACCUCACACUCGGCGAGAACAAGGGAAAAUGAACAUUACUUUCAGCCAUUGGAAGUGAGUUCGGUGUACUACGGAGAAGGAGUCGUCUACCAAAUAUGGCUGAGAUACGUGAGACACGUGUAUCUUUUUGCCCAAAUCGUCAAGAUUUCAUCCGUCUUCUCAUUGAUCAUGGCCAGCAUCGAACGGUAUAACCAAGGUCCACAAGAUCAUUUUCAUUCACUCUUUGCCCUUCCAGAUAUUGCAUGACGAAGCACUGGACAUUCGUCGGAUUCGAGUGUCGAACCCGUUGGUUCGUGCUCUUUUGUCUCGUCUGCGCGGCCGUCUUCAUCAAGUACAUGUCGGAAGAAGCGGUCGUCGUGACACGUGAAAACUGUUUCGGAUUCAGAAGAUGGGCGGUGAAGAUCCAGAGGGGCGAACUGGGUCACAUGGGAUGGCUUCACUCGCUCGCCAUCUUCCUCCCCUUUUUCACGCUCAUCUUCUUGAACGGCGGAAUCGUUCGGAUGCUUCGCAAACAGAAUGUUCAGCAGCUGCGCAGUCUGAUCGCCGAACUGACGCUCGGCCACGAUCUGUCUAAGAUCAGGAGGAAGAACCUUCGGAGUGCGACCCGCACGCUCAUCGUCAUCAUCUCCGCCUACCUCAUCUCCAACCUGCUCAGUCUGAUUCUCAUAAUCACAGAGUACUUCAAUCCAGGUGCUUUCCGUUUUUUGAAAAUUGGCAUAAACCCUUGACGGUCAUGGGUACAGGACAUUUUUUGACAAUUGGCAUAAACCCUUGACGGUCACAUAAACGCCAGUGAACGUCGCCGUCAAUUUAACCUCGAAUCACUUGAAACUCGCUGAUCACAUUUAGAUAAGAAGUUUUUAAUCAAAUUGUUAUCUAACAAAGUCGACAUCAAUCCAGAUGACUUUUUCCUACGCUUAAACACUACACGGACUAGACGGAGUCACGUUUACCGAUGGAAGACUCCAAAAUCUAAGCUAAGACACAACUUUUUUACUCACAGAGUGUUAUCUAAGAUGAAUCUGGCACAGGCAUCUGUGAAAUGAUCAUCUCUUUCCUUUUGCGCGGGCAAGUAGCUGAAGAUUCCCCAUUUAUGCCCCUCAUCUCCCCCUCAUCCAUUCUCCUCUCUCUCUCUCUUCUCCACGUUAAAAAAUAAAACGUAAAUAAAUAAUUUUCACUCCGUUCCUUUCCAGAUUACCUCCACGUGCAGCAUCCAGAUCUCAACCGUCUGGCCACUGAUUCCGCCGCGCUUUUGACCGUCGUCGGCAAUGCGAUCAGAUGUCCCGCGCACAUAUUCAGUAAUUCUGAGAUCCGGACUCAGUUCAGAAUAAUGCUGUGCGGAGAUCAGGAGAAGAAAGUGAGCUUGUUUGUGGACGGUGUCCAAUGGAAUUGAAGAAUUUGCAGGAAGUCAAACAGUUGUCGGAACGGCGACGGACCCAAGAGAAACUGGAUAAUCCUUGGAUGGCCCUCAUGUGGGUCUCCGCCAAUAAUCAGGCUUCCGACGACGACAGAGCCGCCUUCCUGCCUCGGGCGUUCAUGAAAAGACACUCAGCCAUCGCCAUUGUAUAG